AUGUCCAUGUGUGUAAGAGAAAUAGAUGUGUGGUAUCAUUGCAACAUAUUUUCUAGUACUAAUUCAAUUCAAAAGUCAAAAAGACAAAUCCAAACCAUUGUACCUCAUCUGGAAUUAGGUCUAUUUCCUCAAUCUGAUUCUGAGUGCAACGGUGGUCGUACAAUAUUCGGUGGUGAAAUGCAAAUCAUCAGUGAUUGUUACGGAUACAUGCGUUUGACCCACGUAUUGGCCGUCUGCUGGGGAAUGCCCAUAACUCGUAGACGGACCGCCGAUGACGUCAAAAGCCACAGAGGUUCGGCUGAUGUACACGAUGGGUACAGUUACAAAUUCGACCCACGCGUAGUGCCUGUGUGGUUGGCGUACGUGGCCCUGGACGCAUUCCUCAUAUACUACAACUACCUGGAGGCGUCUGGUUACGUUGGCAAAUCUUUGCGCAAGUGUUUCGAGGAUUCGUAUUGUUUUGCCGUCAUCGAGCUGGCCAACCGGAACGUGGGACCGUUCUCGGCGCUGGCCUGCAUCAUGUUCUACGGUCGCCGGCACAAGGCGGCCGCGCUGGCCGGCACCGAGCGCACGCUGGCGUUCAUCCGGGACACAGAUCCGGACGUGGCGGACGGUGGUCACGUCCGGCCGCCUGACUCCCGGUACUACUCGGCCGCUGUGAUGGCCGCGUACACGGCCUGCAUAUGGCUGUACGUGGCCGCCGUGCCCGCGUACGUCAUACUGGCGAUCUGGCUCAACGCCCUCGGCCAGACCACCGUAUACGGCCUGGCCACGUUCCAAUACCACGUGCUAGGCCGUGGUUACGCACGCGUCAACAAGCUGCUGGAGAUGGCCGCGGACGUGGUGGGCCAUUGCGGACGCCCGGCUCCAGAUUGUCGGACGCUGGCCAACCUGGUGGCCCGGCUGGCCGACACAUGCGACGACUUCGGCCGGCAGGUUGGCCACCUCAACCAUGCAUACGUCCCGGGCCUGCUGCUCAGGUGGCCGUACAGUAUGGUCCGUCUAACGAUGGUCGUAUUCCGCAUCAUCGAACUGUCGGCCGCCGUACGGGAUGACCGGCCGUUCGCCCGCGUGGCUGCCGUGCUCAUCGUGGAACAUGUGGGCGAGAUACUCUUGUUCCUGGUGCAGCUGUGUAGCUUCUGCUACGCGGGCGCCUGUUUAUCAUAUCAGGCACGUGUAUGGUCUCCACGGUAUUAA